AUGUCUGUCAAAUUAUUCAUCGGUGGUUUGUCCUGGAACACGAGUGACGAAUCUCUUCGCGAAAAGUUCGCUGAAUAUGGAACUGUCGAAGACGCUGUUGUUAUACGUGAUCGUGAAACUGGCCGUAGUCGCGGUUUCGGUUUUGUGACUUAUGCAAAUAAUAAUGAAGCUGAAGAUGCUAUGAAACAAAUGGAUGAAGCGAAUUUUGACGGCCGAACCAUCAAAGUAAAUCUGGCUUCUGAACGUGAACCUCGCUCUG